GAUGUUCUCCAUUUGCAUGAUGUUCUUGCCAGAGUGGUACUGGUCAGGUUGUGCCAUACAAUAUCUAGAGCUCGUGCACUCGAUGAAAGGCCAGAUAUUAAGUCUCAGUUUAAUUCCGUGCUCUAUCAGCUGCUCCUGGAUCCCAGUGAAAGAGUUUUCUUUGAGGCUGUCCUGUGUGUGUUGGGAAAAUUUGAUGGUGCAGAGAGGACUGAGGAACGAGCUGCCGGGUGGUAUCGUCUAACAAGAGAAAUUCUUAAGCUUCCAGAAGCACCUUCUGUGAAGGACUCUAAUGGCGAAUCGAAAGAUGCAGUUCCACCGAAGGCCAGCAAAGAUAAUUCUCGUAAAACAAGACGUUCACAACCGCUUAUUAAACUUGUCAUGAGAAGGUUGGAGAGUUCCUUCCGUAGUUUCUCUCGGCCUGUGCUUCAUGCUGCAGCCAGAGUUGUGCAGGAGAUGGGGAAAAGUCGUGCUGCUGCUUUUGCAUUGGGUUUACAGGAUAUUGAUGAAGCAGCUCAUGUUAAUACAUUUUCUGAAAAUGGUGAUUCAGUCAGUUCAGAUCUUAACGAGCUCUCUCAAUCUGAAGGUAUUCGAAGGGUUUCUUCUAUCUCUAAUGGAAUAGGUGGCAAGGACACAAUUGUGGGUUUACUAGCUUCAUUAAUGGAAGUGGUGCGGACAACUAUAGCAUGUGAAUGUGUUUAUGUAAGGACCAUGGUAAUUAAAGCACUCAUAUGGAUGCAAAGUCCACAUGAAUCCUUUGACGAAUUAGAAUCCAUAAUUGCAUCAGAGCUUUCUGAUCCAGCAUGGCCAGCAACUCUAUUGAAUGAUAUUUUGCUUACCUUACAUGCUCGGUUCAAGGACAAUUUGUAG